AUAAUUUUCACUAUCUUUAAAAAUAACCACAAGCCAUCAGAACAGUUUUAAUAAGGAAACAAUAAUUUUUACGAAGACAACAUCUACUUAGUAUCCCACAUGAAGUUAUCUGUAAUGAAAUAUCUAAACAACAAAAUAUCUGUUAUCCAAUAAAGUUAGAAAUGAUUGAGCAAGAGGUGAGUGACAAUACAGGAAGCAACACCAAGAAGUCAUUUAGACCUAUAAGAAAUUUGUUUUUUAAGUUUUGUUUUGUUAUUGGAUGUGCCUUUCUUCUAGUUUGUUAUUUUAGUUAUCUCAAACCUGAAAAGUUUCAAUUACCAAGUGUUCUGUUUUAUGAAAAAGUUCAAAUACCACGUGUUAUAUGGAUGUUUUGGGAUAAAGGUUGGGAAAAAGCACCAAACCUACAACGCGCUUGCUUGAACUCAUGGAUGGAAUUUAAUCCAGAUUAUAAAAUUGUUGCAAUGGACAUGAAACAAGCUGAAACUGUAAUCAACCGUAAAAAUCAUUACACGGAUGAAGCUUGGAAUACGGCCAUUAUUCAAGCAAAGUCUGAUAUUAUCCGAAUUGAACUUCUUGCACUUUAUGGAGGAAUUUGGGCUGAUGCAACUGUCCGCUGCAAUGAUCCACUAGCAUCAUGGAUUGAUAGUGUAAUUGAACCGACUGGCUUUUUUGUGUAUGAAAGAAGGGACUCCGCAGUUCCUCAAAACGCGAGACCACAUAUCUCAAGCUGGUUCAUAGCAACUACGAAUUCAUCUUAUAUUAUAUCUAAGUGGAGAAAUCAGGUUCGGAAAAUGUGGUCUACUAAACCGUAUCCACCUGAGGUCUAUGGAUAUUUUUGGGCACAUCGUAUAUUCCGGGACCUAACUCGUAUUGAUCAAGAAUUCUAUAAUCAGUACAAAAAUAUGCCAUUAAUGGAUGCAGCAGGACCUCAUUGCUUUGCAAACAUUAAAUCUUACAUGAAUAAAAUGAAAACGAGUCAAUGUAAAAGUCGAUAUAAAAGUUUUUACAAUUAUUUAAAUAUUUUUUUUAUCAAAAUAUUCGCAAAAUAAUGAAUUAAAAAGAAAACAAUUUAUGGGCAUAAAAG